AUGCCUCUGUCGGGCGCGAGGCGACCCGCAAGCGGGCGUGUGCAGGAUGGCGGACGCGCAUGGACGGUGGCAACAAUGCGAGGGUAUGGCAGUUGGAGGCGCCAAGAGCCGACGCUGGGACUGUUGACCUGGGUCUUUCUCUUGCUGUUGUCGGCAAGCUGGUUGACGGCUGUGUCGGCAAUGCGCAGCGAGCGCAUCGUGGAGCUGCGACGGGAGACGGUCAAGAUGUUCUACCACGGCUACGACAACUACAUGCAGAUUGCGUUUCCGGAAGACGAGCUCCGGCCGGUGUCGUGCGCACCAUUGACGCGAGACGCGCAGAACCCGGACAACGUAGCGCUCAACGACGUUCUGGGCAACUACUCGCUGACGCUGAUCGACAGCCUGUCGACGCUGGCGAUUCUUGCGUCGGCACCGGCGGAAGACGGCGACGUGGGACCAAAGGCGCUGCGUGACUUUCAGGAUGGAGUGGCAGCUGUGGUGGAGCAGUAUGGCGACGGGCGAGCAGGGCGUACGGGACAGGGCCAGCGCGGGCGAGGGUUCGACGUCGACAGCAAGGUGCAGGUGUUUGAGACGGUGAUCCGGGGUGUCGGAGGGCUGCUGAGCGGCCAUUUGUUUGCGGUGGGCGAGCUGCCGAUUGCAGGAUACGAGGCAGCAGCAUGGCCGACGUGGCCAAACGGGCUGCAGUACGAUGGACAGCUGCUGCGGCUGGCUCUGGACUUGGCAACGCGGCUGCUGCCGGCGUUCUACACACCGACCGGGAUGCCGUAUCCGCGGAUCACAGAGACAUGCAGUGCAGGGGCGGGCAGCCUGGUGCUGGAGUUCACGGUGCUCAGCCGGCUGACGGGCGACCGACGGUUCGAACAAUUGGCCAAGCGGGCGUUCUGGGCGGUGUGGUACCGACGAAGCACGAUCGGGCUGAUCGGAGCGGGCGUGGACGCAGAGCAGGGCCGGUGGAUCGGACACUAUUCGGUGAUCGGGGCCGGAGCCGACAGCUUCUUCGAGUACGCGCUCAAGUCGCACAUUCUGCUGUCGGGUGCCGAGCUGGCCAACGGGACGCAGCUGCAGGCACGGCCGUCAUCUUUGCGGUCGGGACGGUCGUGGCUGGACCCUAACGCCAUGUUCCCGCAGCUGAGCGAGGAGGAGAACCGACCGGAAGCGUUUCUGGAAGCGUGGAACCUGGCACACGCAGCGAUCAAGCGGCACCUCUACAGCGACCGGGAGCACCCGCACUACGUCAACGUGAACCUCUGGACAGGAUCGCUGGCGUCGCAGUGGAUCGACAGCCUGGGGGCAUACUACCCAGGGCUGCUCGUGCUGGCGGGCGAGCUGGAAGAAGCGGUGGAGACAAACCUGCUGCACACGGCGGUAUGGACACGCUAUGCGGCACUGCCGGAGCGCUGGUCGAUCAAAGAUCGCACGGUGGAGGGUGGCCUGGGCUGGUGGCCGCUGCGGCCGGAGUUUGUCGAGUCGACAUACCACAUCUACCGGGCCACACGGGACCCGUGGUACCUAUAUGUGGGCGAGAUGGUGCAGCGCGACAUCUGGCGGCGCUGCUGGACGGCUUGCGGCUGGGCCGGGCUGCAGAACGUGCUGGAUGGCGAGCAGACGGACCGGAUGGAGAGCUUCUUUCUGGGCGAGACGGCCAAGUACCUGUAUCUGCUCUUUGACGACCGCCACCCGCUCAACUCGCUCGAUGCGGCGUACGUGUUCACGACCGAGGGACACCCGCUGAUUCUUCCGCGACGACGGCGCGACCGGACGGCAAGCACGCCGAAACAGGCCGACCAGCAGAUCCCGAGCACGCCGGUGCAGUCGUCGGCGACGUACAGCGGCACCGAGAUCGGGCAAUACGACGACAGCGGCUUCACCAACACGUGUCCGGUGCCGCCGAAGCCGUCGCCGCUGACGGGAUCGGCCAUCACGGCGCGGACGGACAUCUACCACGCGGCUCGGCUGCUGGACCUGCAUCUGAUCGGGAGCAGCGGCCUGGUGGACCAGGAUGACGGGAUCGAAGCGGUGGAACAGACACACAUACGCUUGAACAGAAGCGGCAGCACCUUUUUCCCGUGGACGCUGCCGCCAGCCAUGCUUCCGAGCAACGGGACGUGUGCCAAGGUGGUGCAGCCGCUGGAGAUGAGCCUGGAGUUUGCGUCGAAUCCACAGGAGAGCGGCGGCAAGGGCUUUGGGCGCGGUGGUGGCAGCGCGUUCAACUUUAUGCUGAGCAUGCCGACGCUGGACCGGGUGGCGCCCGACAGGAUCCGAGUGCUGACGAUCUCGGGGCUGAAGCUAAUCUUCCGGCUGGACGAAGAGCUGGCUGAAAGGACGUGGCGGAUCACACGGGUCAACGGACUACCGCUGGGACGCGACGAGUCCAUCUUGAUGGAUCGGGCACUGCUGAGCCACAUCUCGGACGCGCGGUUCAAUCUGGUGCGCGAUCCGAUUGUGGUGAAGCUGCAUCAUCUGCACUGGGAUGGGGGGGAAGAGGGGGAAGAUGGAGAGAACGGGACGGCUGAUGGAGACAACAGAAAAGAGGAUGGCAGCGGAAAUGUGGACAACAAGGAAAUGGCAGGCGAACGCGACGGCCUGGCAACUCUGAUGCGGUCGUUUUGGCGACAGAUUGUGUCGUCGUUUGACGGCCGACCGCACGUGACUUCUUCUCCAGGCAGCCGUCGAGGGUGGAGCAGCAUCAGCAGCAGCAUUGGCAGCAGCAUCAGCAGCAUCAGCAGCAUCAGCAGUCGCAGCAGUGCGAACGGCGCACGACGACCGGCCAACAUCCUGCACAACGCGACGGGUGUGACGCCGACAGGACUGGGCGCAGCACCGUUGCCACCAGUAGACGUGCCGGCCGGCGCCGUGAUGCCGGCAACAGGACCAGUGCCUACGCAAAUGUUGCCGUGGACGACGGUCUUUGCCGGAGGUAGCGGCUGUGAUGGGCCGCUACCAGAAACGGCAGCACGUGACCACCAGAUUUUGCUGCUGCGACGUGGCGGCUGUUCCUUCUCGGAGAAGCUGGCGAACGUGCCGUCGUUUGCGCCGAGCCGUCGAAGCCUGCAGCUGGUGGUGGUGGUCAGCGACGACGACGACGUGAUCGUGACAAACCCGACGGGCAGUGGCCGCGGCCUGCAGGCCACGUUCUACGACGACGCGGCCGACUUUGUGCGGCCGCUGCUGGACGAGGCCCAGCUGACGCCCGGCGGACUGCCACGACGACACCAGCUGGCCAUGGUCAUGGUGGGCGGCGGCGAGGCUGCGUACCGGCGACUGGCCGAGGCACGGCAGCUCGGCCUGACGCGACGAUACGCCGUCGAGAGCCAGGGCGUGCGCAUUCGCAACGUGCUGAUCGACGAUGGCGAUGCAUGA